AUGAAUUCUGCAGCAUUACGCCUCUUGCAACAAUUUUUGGCGAGUAAAAGAUACGAGCAACAGUUCCAGCAACCUCCUUCGCUAGGUGCGAAGGCAAACGAAUCCCCUCCACAUUGCGGGGGCGAUGGGAAACAUGCCUUCGUGCAGAUCAUUAGGCGCUUGGGAUCGGGAACGUCGCAGCAUUUCACAUUUCCCCAGCAUCCAGGUCCACCAACGGGAGCCAAACCUGUGGGACAAGUUGGCGGGCGGAGGUUGCACUCGCGUGAACAAGGGAGUUUUUCUUCUGUCGCUGCUGUAGCAGAGACGAAUACAAGAAUUGAGGCGACGAUAGCUGAGUAUUUCAUGUUUUCUUCGUACAAAUCUGUCAGAAGCAUCGUCACCAGAACGUAUAGACAAUGCACUUUUCUCCAUACUGUUUUACCCAUGGCUUCCGCGUUAUCCCCCCGUUUCCAACAAGUCUUUCCGCCUCCCAUGGACGAUGUGUACAUGGAUCAGAUGGAUCUGAAAACCCUCUACCGUUUCUCUUGGACUUGCAAGGAGCUAAACGACCGCAUUUCGGGCUAUAUGCGCCGCGCCUUCUGUCCCAAAAAUUUAUUUGCUCCUAUCUUCAAACCCAAUAAACAUUUGCUGUUUCGUCUUCUCCAGUUCAAGACUGGCCUGGUUAUUUCAGGUUCCACCAUUUUGCAUUUUACUUGUUUUAGUGGUCCAACGCAAAGCGUGGCAUGA